UAUUCCAAUGCAAGCUGUCGAUGUGUGGCAGUUGUAGCAGUGUCAUAGUUCUGCCUUGGCUUUCCCAGGUAAGCCUUAACUCUUCUCUUGCUUUACUCCUAAGAAGCUGAAUGUGGCUGGUGUGAUGUACAGCAGUGAGUAGACAAAUACUGUCCUUCAUACAAGUGCUGCUGUGCAACAGCCUUACAGAGCCUUGCUGUGUUAGCCAGCAGCUGGAAUUACCCAGGUAGUGUUUGCACCAGAAAACCAUGGGUCGAUUAAGUGAACUUAAAAUGUCUCCUUUUGUCCCUUCUCUCAGGAGCAUUGCUGCAGGGUAAGAACAGUGUGGAGAACCUCCUGUGGCACUGAUACAGGUUUCAGACUGGAGCAGCAAAGGAAUGCACUCCUGAAGCAGAGGAAGGCUGUGCAAGGGGCUUGUUGUCUUCAAGCAGUGACUGAAGGGGAAGGUGCUUCCGAGAACCAUGAUGUCCCUGGGAGUCACCAAAGGACGUGCCCUUCCUCCCACGGAUGAAGACCGCAGGAGGAUCAUUAAGCAGAUGAAGGUUCGCACCACCCUGAAAGGAGAUAAGAGCUGGAUCCACCACCACAACUCGGACUCUGAGGAUGAGAAGAGCAGCAGCACGCUGUCUGGACGUGCUGGUGGGGGACCCGCAGCCCCAACACCCAGUGCUCCCCAGAGUGACAGGUCUGCUCCCUCCAAGCCUCAGUCUGGUUACCUCAUCAGAGGGGUGUUCACAAAAACCAUUGAUAAGACCUCUUCUGUGCCAGAUUCUUCGUCUUCUAAUGAAGCACAAAAAAGCACCACCACAAAGCGGCCCAGCCUGUGCCGCUCCUCCUCUGGCUACAGGAUGACCACUGAGGACUACAAGAAGCUAGCUCCAUAUAAUGUCAAGCAAAAAUCAGUGGACUUGGAUGAGGAGGAUGUGCCUUUUACUCCAGAUGAACACAAAAAGAGGACAGAGGCAGCCAACAGUGUCCUGAGGCGCAGCGCCAGCAGGGAACGCGCUUACGUCCUCUCUGCAGCCAAGAAAAGCAGCGGCAGCCCAACACAAGAAUUUCCACCCUUGUUUGCCAAGAGAAUUGAGAUAGAAGAGGAGGGACAGCAGAGGAGGAGUUCGACUGGUUCCUGCAGGUUCACGCCAGAUGACACCAGUACUAAUGGGCUAAGAAAAACCACCACUGGAUCUUCUUGGAAUGAGCCAAAGACAACAGCAGUGUCUCCCUCCAGCCCUGAAACAGGCACCAAGAGCCAAACAACCACAUCCUUGAGGGAAACUUCAGAGAGAAUCUCCACUUCUGCUGAAAUCAGAAAUGGGGAAAAUGGACAGGCCCCUAAUGGGAAAUCCUCAUCUGAAACCGUGUCACAGCAUGGGGACGGUGACAAACCUCUGAAGGAAAAGUCCGAGCCAUUCCCAUGGGAUGAACGGGCCCCCAGAGCAACUGUGGUUUCCACGAAUGGAAGUUACCCUGAACACACAGAAGCCAACAAUGGAUUUUACCCACCAAACUCCAACUCUGGUUGCAGGGACGUUGCUGCAGAUGCCACAGACAAGCUGCACCUCCAGUAUGAGACCUCUCACCACCUGGAUGAUGCAAAGUCUGAACCUGCAAGGUCUAGCUCGCACUCUGAUGUCCCAAUUCCUCCUACUGAGAGAGCCCCUGUGCACCUGGAGGACACAGACUAUUCCUUCAAAAGAUCUGUCCUGGGCUACAAGGAGAGAAGCAGCAGCACCCAAGAGAGCAGAUACACGAGUCCUGAGGCCCCAGCAUGCAGCAAACCAUACUGGAAUGAAGCGAUGUCUUCCCAAGAUUUCCAAGAAGGGAACACCUCUAGGGAAAGGGGGCAUGAGAGCACGAGGGCUGUGGAUGACCACAAACCAGAGCUGAUCCAAGAAGGGUAUUCAGACUCAACCAACCAUACUGAGAAGGGACAAGAACCUGCUGCCCAUACUGUCCACAUGGAGCCUCCCAGGUCGAGGGAACACACUGACCAUGAACUCAGCAUGACUAGGUCCAGCUCUCUGCCUAGAGAAAGCAGCAUCACUGCUCCAGAGGCCCCAUGUGGAAAUGAACCUGAGCCACCCCGGGAAAGGAUCACUCCAGCUUGGGAAGAACAAACCUGCCCCACCACAGACAGUCACCAUGAGAGCCUGGGAGACUGGAGGCACAAUGAGCCUGACCAGGCAGCCAGCAGGUCCAACUUCAGCUCAGAGAGUGCUCUCAGUGGCAAUGAGACCCAGCAGCCUGUGCUACUGUACAUGGACCGCCAGCCCUUUAGCACCAGCAUGUCAGCACCUAGUCACAGGAUACCAUCCUAUGUGGACAGCCAAGCCUUCAGCACCAGAAGACCUACCCCAGAAUAUGAAGGGAGAGGUUAUGAUGAGAGCAGCAGCCCAAGGAACAGCAGAUACGACAGUGCCAGUGCCAGAGGGCUCUGCGACUUCAACCCCAUGGCUGGGCGCUACGACUCCCUUCCCAGAGACACCACCAUGUCCAUUUCCCAGAGAAGCCACAGGGUGCCGUUCUACAUGGACAGCUUAAACUGUAACAGCGCCAGGCUUCUCUCCAGUUCCACCGAGAGGAUCUGUGCUCCAAACACUGCCUCACCACACAACAGCCCAGCAUUGGCCUCAGGGUACCAGCCCGACUCCAGCACUGCUGCAAAAGGGGUCCUCUUUGUGAAGGAGUAUGUGAACAGCAGCGAGUUAUCGGCCUCCCCGUGCUAUGGCAGUGGCAGCCUUGUGGAUAUGAGUGAUUUGGAGAGAGCAACCUACAGCCACCACCGCUACCUGUCCAGUGCUCCCCUGCAGAGGUCCAGUGAACCCGUUUGCAGCUACUGCAGCCGAGAGAUCCGAGACUGCCCCAAGAUCAUAAUAGAGCAUCUUAACAUCUGCUGCCAUGAAUACUGCUUCAGGUGUGGAAUUUGCCACAGAGCAAUGGGAGAUCUUCUGGAUAAAAUAUUCAUCCACCGGGACAUUGUCCACUGUGACAAGUGCUAUGAGAAGCUCUUCUAGGGUUUUGCACCGCUGGAGAAGGCAGCCAGUGGGAAGUCCUCAGCAGCACCUAUGAGAAUGUAUCUAGCAGUUCCUGACUGGCUAAGAGCAGAAUUUCUGCUCCCCCCUUUCCUCAAGUUUUUUCCCCUCUUGCUGCCUCAUCACGAUGAAGAGUUUCACAUCCACUGGCUGAUGCUGCAGCUGCACCAGGACAAGUGCUGGUGUGAAUGAGAUAAGGCAGCGUCACCUGCAGAGAUGAGUGGGCUGAUAUUCCAAAGGUGCUGAGCCCCUCCGCCUGUUUUAACUCCAUUAGGAUUGAGAGUGUUCCCUGUGCUGAAAGCUGGGCAGAGCUCCUUAGGUCUGUCCAAGCUAAUUGUGGGAAACCUUUCCCGAUUCUGUUUUCCUUUCAUUUCUGCAACCAGGCUGCAGCUUGGUGUGUGUGAGCUGGCACGAAGCAAGAUACGGGAGGUGUUAUGCACUAAAUUUGGGUUCUUGGGAGGGUUUGAAUUUAGUUUUGAGCAAAAGCCUAUUUCUACUGCUCUCACCCCCAAAUUCUGCCUAGAAAUAGCUUCUGCCUGAUUUCCAUUUGCUUUCCAUGGGCUUUCAGGAGCACUUUGCAGACUCACUUUACUCUAAUUGUGUGUCAGCUUUAAUUUCCCUUUCCUGCCUACUCCCCAGUGGAAUGCUGCAGCAGCAUGUGUCCCUGCUGCCUGUUUGGGAAGAUAAUGCUUUCACCUGGUAGUUUAACUUGUCCUCUGAUGGUUGGUGUCAAAAUUGAACUUCUAGCUGAUGCUGUACUCAUUCAAGCCAGAAUCACAUAAUUUUAGCCCUUAAUUCAGAAGCUGAGAGCUUGAGAAAGGUGAGUGCUGAAACAUUGUCCAUCUCUGUGCUGUACAAGUACAGCCCCAAAUGUGUCCAGAGAGUUUGUGUUUUCUCUUUGAAAGCAUCACGAGUGUCUGCAAAGCACCUGAGUCAGUUCUGUAGCAGCUCUCACAUGGAAAUAGGUGAUGGCAAAAGCUCUAAUGCAGACUCUUGUUCGCUGAAUAAUUCUUAGCAAGGGAAGCUGGUGUGGAUGCAACAGCUUAGUAGCGAGUGAGGGGUUUACAGCGCAAGUACCACUUUGCUUUUCUAGGCCACUGUACCAGUUAUUUAACUGAGUUGUAGGCACGACCUCAGGAGCAACUCCAUGAGGGAACUCCAGCUGAAAGCAGUCACAGCUCCAGGUUGAGACAUUAAAGUCGUGUCCUCGACAGGGGCAUUGGGCAGCUCCAUUUGGAGACUGGGCAGAAGGAAUCCCCCUGACACACCAGGAGGCACCAAGGUGGGGGGUUCAAAAAUGACUACUGAGUUUGGCUGUGUUUCUUAAGUUAUCAAGAUGUUAAAGAGAUGGUUCUGAACAGAAGAGGGUCGUGGAGCACUGGGACCUGUACCAGCAGUGGGCAAUGAUGGCUACAGCAGCUGUUCAGUGUUUCAAGGGGGAUUGUUUAAAACAUGAGAUCAGAUGGGCCUGUGGCUACAGCUGCACCUGAGGAGGUAUCUACAGCAAGAAUGUAUUCACUGGCUCCAGAGCUCCUGACGGGUACGUGGCCUUGCAGGGAAGAGGAUCUGUCCACUGUGUGUUUGCACCAUCUCUCCUCAGCACUGUUUCCCUGUAGCAGUGGUUUCACCUCGGUAUACAGCUCCAAUAAACAGCCUUUGCUCACGUGCA